AUUGGAUUAGGUCAAAUUCUGCCGAUUUCUUUCUCCGAUUAGGCGUCGCCUAAUCGCGGCUAAGCGUCGCUUUGCGCGCUUAAUAGCCUAGUCGGCCAUAGUCGCUAGUCGCACAACAAAUCCCCAUCGCAAAACCGCCAGGACGACUAGUCGGCGACUAGUCGUGGCCUAGGCGACGACUUGACAACCAUGGUAUUUCAAUUCCCACGUGGUAUUAGAGACUACGUUUAGAAUCAUAUAUUUAAUUGCAAAGUCAAGACUCUAUGUACUUUUGGUUUCCUACAAAUUUCAUGAUUGGAAUAAAUCAUUUUGAUAUUCGGGUUUACUAUUAAACCUAAACCAUUUUUCACACGUGUGUUGAUUAGUAUGUUUGCUCACAUGAAUGGCCAAUUCAUUAAUGUUUACUAUGUUCCUAUGUUUAAGUAAUCAAAGAGUUACACACCCAGGUCAUGACUGUUUGCGUAUGACAAUUUGAUAUAAAUGUAUAACAUAUAGUUUGAAGAGGAUACAUAAACAAGGUAACCACUUAUUAAUCCCAUCAUUGUAGAACGUAAUUAUAAUUUCAGUUGUAAAUAUACACACCUAUAUACACACCUUAGGUCACAAACAUUAUAAGAACACAUAGACGUAUCCCAUUCAUUGAAUACAUGAAAAAAGAAAACAACAUUCAAUCAAAAAAGUCAUCGUUUAAUCCAUGCAUAUGUUAUACAUGAAGUUGCCAACUAACCCAAAACUCCCAGACACUUUGUUAUACAUGUAAACUGGCACUACACACAUGACAAUUCCUUUUAAUUCAUGUAGUGGUAACACAACAUGUGGAUAAUUCAGAACAAUAUCCAUUACAAAAUAAAAUAUGAAACCCUUAAUCGGGUGAGAUUAAGGGUACGAAGUAGUCAGCGGUUCCUUCAACUUAAUUCUUCUGUUGUUUUUCUCUUUUAAAACCAAAAAAAGUAAAUUUCUUACAUGGGAAGUCAUGAAUUGGUAUGCAUUGACCACAAUUAGUGCACGUUCCAGAUGUACCAUGUUCAGUGACAAUUACACCAACAUUUGUUUGAACGUUCUAUACGUUUCACGUUCACUGGCAAUUACACCAAUUUUGUUCUUAACCUGAUAAUGUGUUCAAUGGACAGUCUACAGAGGAGGGUGACAGCUUAAAGCCUUAUUCUGUUAAAGAUUCUAUUUUUCAUUGUUCUUUUCUUUAUUCAAAUUGUGUUAAGUAAUACUGUGUAUACUUUCUUCAGCUAUCCAAAUAAAGUGGCCAUACCACAACAACCUUCAGAUACAGGGAAAAAACUAAUACAUGAAAUGCAUGUUAUUCCUAAGGUGCCUGGUUAGUUUUUUAAAGUUUUAUAAUAGAGGGUUAUGACUAGAGUCACCAUGCAGCACCCUAGCAGUAUUUGACGGAAAUAUACUGACUUGGAAGUAUCUGGAUUGUGUCCACAUUUAAUCUGGAUUGGAAAGAUCUUGAUUGUUUCCUGUGUCAGUUACUGGUAAUUCUUCAUGCACGAAGAAAUGUGCAGACAGGAUUGUUGAUUCUUUAUAUAGGGACAUCCAUUUAAUUAAUCAUAAUGUCAUAAAUAUGCAAACAUGUGGAACUUUCAGGCACACAAAUUACAUAUGAGCACCAUUUUCCUGGUCAAAACAAGUUCAAGGCUUGAGUACAAGUUAUUUGGUUUGUCAUCUCAUUUCUAUUCAUUAUGAAAUUUUAGAGAUGCAUAAAAAUCUUAUUCAUUAAAUUGAAAGUCAAAUCUCAUUGAUCAAAUAUAGAACAGUUUGAAUAAAACCUUGAUAGUGUAAUGAGACAGUUGUUGCUUUAUUACUUUUGGACUGAGUUUAUUUCCUGUAUGGCUAUUUUGUGUGCCAUAUGUUCAAGUUCCUUACAUAUGCAAAUCCAGACGAUUUACAAACUACAGAUAGCUGGAACCGAGGUUAUACUGGCUUCAGUGGAGAAGAAGCUCUGGGUGGACGCCUUACACAGAGUAAAAAACAUAGCCGAUACACUUAUUUCAGAUUGUGCCCAUAUUGAGUUUGGUUCUGUUUUCAAUUGCUGCAUGGACGAAACGCCUUCAAAUCAGUAAUGUGUGUUUUCCUUUUCAAUUACUAAUUCCUACAUGUUAAAUGAAUUGUGGCUUACAAC